CCACUAUGCUUCACAAGCCAAAGCACGUACUACUGCUACACGUAGCUAGGAGUCCUCUAUCUUAACCAGCAGCUGAGCAGAUCAUGGCGACCAAUCUCAAGUGGCCCUCUGUUCUGGCCCUCCUCCUCGUCGCCGGCAUGGUUGGCAUCGCCAGUGCCGGCAACAUCGCCGUGUACUGGGGCCAGAACGUCAACGAGGGCACCCUGGCCGACGCCUGCAGCUCCGGCAGCUACGCCUACGUCAUCAUCUCGUUCCUGAGCACCUUCGGCAGCGGACAGGCCCCGGUCCUCAACCUCGCCGGGCACUGUAACCCCGGCGAGUGCGCCGGCCUCGCCUCCGACAUCCAGUCGUGCAAGUCGCAGGGCGUCAGGGUGCUCCUCUCCCUCGGCGGCGCCGGCGGCAACUACGGCCUCUCCUCCACCGACGACGCCAACAGCGUGGCCGACUACCUGUGGGACAACUUCCUGGGCGGCACGGGCUCGACGUCCCGGCCGCUGGGCGCCGUCGCGCUGGACGGCAUCGACCUCGACAUCGAGAACGGCAACCCGGCGCAUUACGAUGAGCUGGCGAGCGCGCUCAAGGCCAAGGACGGCGGCGUGCUGCUGACGGCGGCGCCGCAGUGCCCCUACCCGGACGCGUCGCUGGGGCCGGCGCUGCAGACGGGGCUGUUUGACGCGGUGUGGGUGCAGUUCUACAACAACCCCGGGUGCGCGUACGCCGGCGGGGACGACGCCAACCUGGUGGCCGCGUGGCGCACGUGGACCGGCGGCGUCAGGGCCGGGAGCUUCUACCUCGGCCUGCCGGCCUCCGAAGAGGCCGCCGGCAGCGGGUACAUCCCGCCCGGCGACCUGACGGGGACGGUGCUCCCCGCCGUCCAGGGCGUCGGCGGCGGCUACGGCGGGAUCAUGCUGUGGAGCCGCUACUACGACGUGCUGAAAAACCCAAACUACAGCGACCAGGUCAAGGGCAGCGUCUGAGCUGACUGAGCAUGCAUACGAACAAGCUUCCACACCGAGAGCUACUGCCUACUGCGAACGAACGUGCACUUAUGUAUACUCGUAUAGUUUGCUUAAUUUUAAUUUUAUACCGGAUUAAUAAAAGUUGAUUGGCAAAUA